GGAAACUAUCCGACGCUACAGAAUCCUGUUGGUGCAAUUUCUGAUAAGAUCGGAUUGCGAAAGCUUGAUUAAGCUGAAUCUACUCAAUGCAAGUUGACAAGCACGUAUUGUCGGCCAUCUCAUUCGGAUGGAUCGGGCUUUGACAUCAUCAUAAGAAGCUCCAAAUGACUCUCCAAGAAAUCCUUCCACAUCCAGCAGACAAACCUGACCAUUAGGGGUUGUCUAAAGUCCAACAAAGAUGUCAGUCGAGGCUCGGCCAGGGGGUGAAGAACUCAUUAUCUCCGCGUUCGAGCCCUGCUGAGGCGCUAUUUGUGCAGAACAUUUUUGAAGCUCACAAGAUGCAUCGGCCGCCUCCAGGAAUCGGCCUUGGAUUCAAGUAAGUCUUGCCCAUCUACGUAGUGAUUGUUCGGAACUCGAUCAAAAUGGAUCCUCAUCCCAAAUUGGUAUCGCGUCUACGGAAGCUUUCCUUACAACUUUAUAAGCCGACUUAUGACGAGCCCAUCUUCAGUAUGGAGCUUCAGCCUUUGCCCAAAACCUACGUAGGUUUCUACCGAGAGUGGCGAAAAAUCAACCCUCAAAACAAAGGCGCCAUGGCCUUUCUCAGAGAGAAAAUGAGAACCGGCGACGAAAUUCGCCGGGCUCAGAUCCUGUCCUAUGCCUAUGAUUCUCAUUGUAUCAACCGGAGUGCCUAUCACACCAGUCUCAUUGUCUUGGGAGAGACUGGGGUAGGAAAAUCAUCGACUAUCAACCAUUUGUUCGGUGCCAAUGUGGCCAUGACCUCGGCCACCAAAUCCGAAACACGUGGGACCACUGAAUACAUACUCAAAGAAGACGAUAUCGAGCUAGGGGUGAAGGACCUGACAUUGGGUGUGAUCGAUACUCCGGGAUUCAACGACACGGAUGGCAUCGAACAAGAUGCCUGUAAUCUGGCAUCCAUUCACGAUAUGCUUUUCAACCACCCGGCACUUCAAAGCUUAAGUGGCAAAGACGAUGCCAAAUUAUUUCCCAAUAUCGUCCUUCUGCUCAUUCGUGCCACAGAAAAACGAUUUGAAGGCCAAAACUCGAAUUUCUCCAAGUGUCUCAUGGCAAUCAAGGCCAUGGACAUUGUAGACACAAAACGGAACAACGUCUUGGUGGUCCUGACCAAUGUCAUGUCAUUUGGAAAUCCAAGUAACCCCAGAAAGUGGCACAACCAAUUGAAGACCAAGUCUAAGAAAAUCAAGAAUCUAGUCGAACUGACUUUGGAAGUGUCCCCUGAAGUGGUUUGGGUGGAGAACCACUACCAAAGUCAAGGAGACUACCUCAGCAUGACUGAUGAAGAGACCGACGAUGAGGACGAGGAAGGCCACAGCCUUGAGGUGGAUGGGGAGUGGACGCUAUUGCCCGAUGGGACCAAACAGAUCUUCAACCUUUAUAAAGCCAUUGCUGACUUGCUCAAAUCCAAUGGAGACAAUCUGGCUCUUCAUACCAUCAAUACGCUUUUCAAAAGUCGCUAUGACGGUGCUGUUGAGAUUUCUGUCUCGUUUUCGGCCAAGGAUGCCAAAAAGGACCGAGACAAAUUUGGACCCACCGAGGAGCAAAUGCUUACCCUGCUCAAAAAGGAUUAUGGUCUCACCGAAGCUGAGGAGGGAAACGACAAUGAUAUUAAGGCCAAGAUCCAGGUCUGGAUCCGUAUUCAACGAAAGAAUGAUGCCAUCGAUGAAAUGGAUGCCUUGGAAGCCUACCGUUUGAGCGUCAUUCUCAUGUCACAACUCAAAAUUACCACUGAAGAACAAUUAGUGGCCCACUCCGUUGGAAGUAUCAAGCAAAACAUGCCCAUUCCAGAGAACCUCACGCGGCUUCACGUCAAGAUGUUGGGCGAGAUCUUUGGAGUGAAGGAGGAAAAACGUCGACCGCCCGUCGUGUCUUGUAUGGGACGAGGUUAUGACAUCAUUCACGACGAGAUUAAGGCCAGGAACAUAUUUGAUUUCCAAGGAGAGUAUUCCGAUGCCGAGUACGGGAUCCAGGUGCCCAAUGGGGUCAUACUAAAUGUGGCUCGACAAACUUCCACAUUCAUGGAGGACUUCCAAAGUGAGGACGAAUAUGUCCGCCGAAGGCUGAGUGACUUGCAAGUCUCUUUGGACACGGUUGAUACGCAGAUCUUUCAUAUGAAGAACCGAGGGGGAUUCACGCGGUCCAAAGUUGGAACAGGAAUGUCCUCCAUGCAGCAAUACUCCUACUUGUUGGAGAAACGCCUCUUCCAGUUGACCUUGACCGACUUGGAGAACAAAAGCAUCCUACAGUUUUCACAGAGCUUCCAAAAGGCCCUGAAAACCAUACCUGACAUGUACGAUAAAGCCAAUGUGCGGGCCAUUCGGGAUAUUCGCGACUUCUUCAAUAACUGGGGCCAGUACGUGGUAGUACAAUCCUAUGCAGGGGGUUCCAUGGAGGUUCAGAUCUCAUGUCUUCAGAGUGGAGAGUCAGAUGGAAUCAACAAUCUCAUUGCCGCUCGUCUGAAGAUCUCUGGCAUGUUGCAUUCCCUUGGCACGGCCACGCCCGGUCCCAAAUCGAGUCUCAAUUUCGGGAUGGAAAAAGGCAUGGCUCAAAUGGCCUCCGAGUCCAUGAGCAUGUCUUCUUCGUCGGUGAAUUGGAACGGAGGGGAUACCAACUACCAGAUGCCCUCGUUGGAUAACAUCAAUGCGGAUAUUCUUCACCAAUGGGAACAAUCCUUGGCUAUUAAACCAGCCGUGCUGACCACGGAUCUCACACUCUUGCCCAUUUACGAGUUGGUGGAGAACGAUGGGAAGCGCUUGACGCUAAGAUCAGCCAUGGACGAUUUGCUCACGGGAGAUCUGAAAGUCAAGUCCGUGUCAUAUCCCGGGAAGGAUAAGGUGGUUCAGAAAAAUUUGGAGGAAAUCACUAGUAAAUUCCAAAUGGACCUUAUGGACAAACACAAUCCAAACAUACGAACCAGACAAGCUGCCGUUGAACUUACCAAACCUUCCUCUCGUUGCAUUCUACUUUAAAACGCCAUGACGCUUUUUUUUUAAUUGAGGGAAAUUGACCUCUUGACUGAAUGAAAUAUAUUAACAUAACAAAAAUGGAAAUGGUUAAAUUU